AUGACAUUGAAUCACCUCAAGGGAGUUAAGCUUAUAAAUAUAUCAGGAAGAAGGCCUGAAAUGCAGCUGAUCAAGCUUCUAUUGGCAAAGUCUCCGGCGCUGGUCAAAAUGGUAAUCGACCCCCACUAUGCAUUGAAUGGAUUCACGCCACUAGCACCCAGCCCAGCGCUAGGCGUUGUCCCUGGCGCUGUUAAUUUGGAGCAUACUGCCUCUGGCGCCACAGGACCAAUUACAAAGUUAACCAUUUGUUUUCCUUGUUUUGUCAAAUGUCCUAAGAUUGACAAUUUGAUAUGUUUCCUCUCCAAGAAUGGCAUUCAGCAUCUUGUACUUAAAAUUCAUACUGGUAGCGGUAGCCCAUAUGAAUUGCCUUCUUCAUUUUUCACAUGUUUGCAUUUGAGACAUUUGACCCUCCAAAGAUGUAUAAUACAUCCUCCACCAGGCUUUAAGGGAUUUGAUAAGCUAAUUAGCCUAGAACUAUGUCAAGUCACAAUUUCUUCUGAAUUUCUUGGAAGUUUAAUCUCCAAUUCCCCGUUGCUUGAGCAUUUGGUGCUGGAACCGUCAUAUGAUUUAAAUAACAUUGAAGUCAAUGCUCCCAAGCUGAGGUCAUUUUUCUUCAUAGGCGGUAUACAUAUAAUUCGUUUGCAAAAUGUCCCUCUUCUCGCAAAAGUUUCGAUUCUGUUUAGACAAUUUUCUGUGAAGGCAGGAAAACCUGAUCUUGCCAAGUUUUUUGAGCCUAUUCAUGCUCUCGAGCAUCUCCACUGGAAUUGCUAUAGGUUUUGGCGUUUGUUUGCUGAAGCAGUUGAAGUACCAAGAAGGCUUUCCUCUGCUCUGAAUUGUCUGAAACAUCUUUACAUGGAUUCGAUGUGCCUGGAUGAAUUACAUGAUCUUCAAGAUGCUCUUUGCUUGAUAAGGAGCUCUCCAUAUUUAGAAGAUAUUGAAAUGAAGGUGUAUCAAUGUUUUCACCCGAAUGAAUAUCCCGAUCCAGAUAAAAUGCUUGAUCCAGCUACUAGGGAUUAUGUUACUGAAAUUCCUGCAAGCUUCUCAGAUGUGACAUUGAAUCACCUCAGGGCAGUUAAGCUUAUAGGUGUAGCAGGAACAUGGCCUGAAAUGCAGCUUAUCAAGCUUGUAUUGGCCAAGUCUCCAGCACUGGUCAGAAUGGUAAUCGACCCUUACGAUACGUUGGAAGAUAAAAAAUCUCUCAAAGUAGUUGCUGAGAUAACAAAAUUUCAGCGGGCAUCAUCUAAAGCAGAAGUUGCAUAUAAUGUAGAUUAG